GGWUAGAGCAAGUUUGUUCUCUCCAUCGUUCGUUGAGGAGCUGGAUCCAAGAAGUACAUGUCGAACACGAUAGUUCCUAAACGCGUAGUUAACCCAGGCAUCUGCUCUACUAAACAAUAAGUUGGAGUACAAAGUCUUAUUUUGAAGGUAGAGCGCCUCGCCCGUCUCUGACUGGCUCGACGCAGCUCUCCUCCCCGGUGCGCCCAAACUCCAGUACCUACACCGCGCAGCGCGUCCAUCCGCCGAGGGAGACGCACAGGGAAGGAGCCGCUCGGUCCCAUUGAACUUCACUUUUACCAUUCAGAAAGAAACUUGUGCGUGGCUUUACUUAGUUUUUUUUUAUACCGGUCUUUGCGAUUCUCCCGGCUGACGGAGCGAGUUUGGAUAUCCAGGAGGAAGAGGAGGGAGGAGGCAGAGGCUCUCAGAUGGAGCACCCGGGCUCCGAGAGCUCAGGGCGCACGGCGAACCCGGAGUGAGAGAACCACGCUGGUGGAUGGACGCUGCUCCCCGGUUUCUUCCAGGUUCGGGCUGUUCCCUGCAUGGCCAUGACGGGCAUCCAGGAGCCGGACCUGCGUGAGCAGCACCACGGACCGACGCAGGAGGCUGAGGAUGAGGAGGAGGAGGGGGAGACGGUGCAUGUGUCCGUUGAGGGAGAGCGGUUGGAGCACAAUGAGGAAGAGGAAGAAGAGGAAGAUGGGGUGGAGGAGGAGGAGGAGGAGGAAAAGGAAGAGCUGCCGUACCCCUCCCUAGCGCCGGUGGUUCUGUUGGCUCUGACCCAAACCAGUCCUCCCCGCUCCUGGUGCCUUCGAGCCGUCUGCCACCCUUGGUUUGAACGUGUGAGCAUUCUGGCCAUCCUGCUGAACUGUGUGACGCUGGGGAUGUUCCAGCCUUGUGGCCACACCCCCUACCUAUUGCAGGCUCUAGAUGAUGGCAUCUUUGUGUUCUUUGCUGGAGAAAUGGUGGUGAAGAUGGUGGCUCUUGGGGUCAUAGGUCAGAAGGGUUAUCUGGGCGACACGUGGAACAGAUUGGACUUCUUCAUUGUUAUUGUGGGCAUGCUGGAGUACUCUCUGGAUGGACACAACGUCAGCCUAUCAGCUAUUCGCACCGUCCGGGUCCUCCGCCCACUACGAGCCAUCAACAGAGUUCCCAGYAUGCGUAUCCUGGUGACCCUCCUGCUGGACACACUUCCCAUGUUGGGCAACGUGCUGGCACUCUGCUUUUUUGUCUUCUUCAUCUUCGGCAUUGUUGGCGUUCAGCUGUGGGCGGGGCUACUGAGGAACCGCUGCUUCAUGGGAGAGGAUGUCAGAAUGAGGUACAACAUCACUUUCCUGAAUGGGUAUUAUCGUCCAGAUGGCACAGACGACCAUCCCUUCAUUUGCUCGACAGAGAGAGAAAAUGGGAUGCUUCGCUGCGCCGAUGUGCCACGCCGCCGUGUGGGCGGGGCUUAUUGUUUCCUUGGUGCUGAGGACGCUCAGUCUGAGACUAAACUAACAGCAGACAAGCCGGUGUCUUGUGUGAACUGGUAUCAAUACUAUAAUGAGUGUCGGGCUGGGGAAAUAAACCCCCACAAAGGAGCUAUUAACUUUGACAAUAUUGGAUAUGCAUGGAUUGCCAUUUUUCAGGUAAUUACUCUGGAGGGUUGGGUAGACAUCAUGUACUAUGUGAUGGAUGCACACUCCUUUUACAACUUCAUCUACUUCAUUUUUCUCAUCAUAGUGGGUUCUUUCUUCAUGAUCAACCUGUGCCUGGUCGUGAUAGCAACCCAGUUUUCCGAAACGAAGCAGAGAGAGCACGCCUUAAUGAAGUCAGAGCAGCGCGCCCGCCAGCUCCACCAAUCGGCGUCCACGCUGGCCAGCGACAGCCAGCCCGGCAGCUGCUACGAGGAGAUCAUCCGCUACCUGGCYCACCUGGGCCGGAAGGCGUGGCGGCGGGUGUCGCGCUGCUGUUCCCGGGCACGAGCCCGGUUUCACUGCACGUGCAAGUGCAGGAAAGGACAGUCAGGCAGCGGCGGUGGCGGAUCAGCCCGAGGGGGCGGGGCUGGAGAGAUGAAUGGACUCGCAAACCGGCACUCGGGCCACGCCCCUAAUGACUUGUCGCACCUUCAUCAGCUUUAUCAUCUUCAUCACCAGCAUCAUAAGCAGGCUCAUCAGCCUGAGCUCGCCGUCAGUAAUGGAAGGAACAGUUUUAAUUAUCCCUUCAUAUUGCCACUCUUAAGUCACCUGGAUGAUAAGCGCCGGGACCAGAAGAGGAUGGUUACCACGGAGACCAUCAACAGAGCACCACAGCUGGGGCUUGAGCACGGUGGACCUGCUGGCCAUCCUUCAUUACCUCUGUUGGGUGAAGGCCCUGAAGAUUCCUCAGCCUGCCCGUACUGCGUCUACUACAACCGUCUGAGCAGCAGCGAAAACGCAGAUGAGGAGCUGCAACACGAGCACUGCGACCCCUGCAGCGGCGAAGACCCGGGUCACCAAAACGACGCCCGCUGCAGCGAUGCCCAGCAGCCCGAGUCAAAGAAAAGCCUGUGGAGGUGCUGUUGGGCGAGGCUGCAAAGCAAACUGGAACUCAUCGUCGGCAGCAGAUAUUUCAGCAGAGGCAUCAUGAUUGCCAUCCUUAUUAACACCCUGUCGAUGGGCAUCGAGUACCAYGAGCAGCCACAGGAGCUGACAGACGUUUUGGAGAUCAGUAAUAUGGUUUUCACCAGUCUCUUCAGCCUGGAAAUGCUGCUCAAGCUCCUGGCUCUCGGUCUUUUUGGCUACAUCAAGAACCCUUACAACGGCUUCGACAGCAUCAUUGUCAUAAUCAGCGUGUGGGAGAUCGUGGGUGAGGCUGAGGGAGGCUUGUCGGUGCUGCGAACUUUCCGUCUUCUGAGAGUUUUGAAGCUGGUUCGGUUCCUGCCUGCAUUAAGGAGGCARCUGGUGGUGCUGAUGAAGACCAUGGACAACGUGGCCACAUUCUGCAUGUUACUGAUGCUCUUUAUAUUCAUAUUCAGCAUUUUGGGGAUGCAUCUGUUCGGCUGUAAGUUUGGUUUGCGACAAGUCAGCGGAGACACUUUACCUGAUCGAAAAAACUUUGAUUCCCUGUUGUGGGCAACAGUCACCGUGUUUCAGAUCCUCACCCAGGAGGACUGGAACGCUGUGCUUUAUAACGGGAUGGCCUCCACCACGCCGCUGGCUGCCCUCUAUUUUGUGGCCCUCAUGACGUUUGGAAACUACGUCCUCUUCAACCUGCUUGUAGCCAUCUUAGUCGAGGGCUUUCAGGCUGAAGGUGACGCCAACAGAUCUGAAGCCGAUGAUGAGAGACAAUCUCUCUGCUACCAGGAUGAGGAGAAGCUCAGGGAGCUUUACGCAGCAGAACUCAAAAUCCAGGCCAUGAUGCUCAGCCCCAACGGUCUCCUGAACCCAAAGGCCUCCAUGCCUCCCCCGCCUCCCCCACCGCUGCCACUCAUUACGCACACCGCAGCCACACCCAUCAUAAACUCCAGCCAGUCCAGGAGRACGAGUGGUGCUUCCACCGACAUCAACAGCCUGGAGCAGAGGACGCCGUCUCUGUGGGACAGYGGACCAGAGAGCCGUCGCUCCAGCUGGACCAGCAUCAGCCGAGGCCCCAGCCUCCACAGAAGGAGCCAAUCAGGAGAGAUGGAGUCCCUGCUGUCUGACCCCAACAGCAGGGAGCAGUCUCUGGACCAGUCGGACCACCUGCAGGUUCCCACACUCCUCUCGCCCGACUGCAACGGCACCACCUUUCACCUCCCGGACCACAGCUACGAUGAGGCCACGCUGACRUCAUAUUACCAUGACGACCAGGAAGACGAAGAAAUUGAGGAGGUUCAGGCUGUGGUGCCAGAAGGUCAUCAGUCACAAGAUGUUCGAUCACAUCGUCCUGCUCUUCAUUUUUCUCAACUGCAUCACCAUAGCGUUGGAGAGACCYGACAUCCAUCCCAAAAGCAUGGAACGAGUGUUUCUCAGUGUGUCCAAUUACAUCUUCACUGUCAUCUUUGUGGGCGAGAUGAUGAUCAAGGUUGUAGCUACUGGCCUGUACUUUGGAGAAGGUGUUUACCUGCAGAGCAGCUGGAAUGUCUUAGACGGCCUGUUGGUGUUUGUGUCACUGGUGGACAUCCUGGUUUCCAUCGCGUCAGCGGGCGGGAACCGGAUCCUGGGGAUGCUGCGGGUGCUUCGGCUGCUUCGCACCCUGCGACCGCUCAGGGUGAUCAGUCGGGCUCCAGGUUUAAAGCUGGUGGUCGAGACGUUGAUCACAUCUCUCAGACCGAUUGGAAACAUCGUUCUCAUCUGCUGYGCUUUUUUCAUCGUGUUUGGAAUUCUGGGAGUGCAGCUGUUUAAAGGGAAAUUCUUCCACUGUGAAGGGCUAAGCGUCAGAAACAUCACCAAUAAAACAGAGUGUCUGCAGGCCGGCUAUCGCUGGGUUCGGCGCAAAUACAACUUUGACAACCUGGGACAGGCACUGAUGUCCCUCUUCGUCCUGUCCUGUAAAGACGGCUGGGUGAGCAUCAUGUACGAUGGCCUGGAUGCUGUCGGAGUGGACCAGCAGCCAAUAAGAAACAACAACCCUUGGAUGCUGAUGUUCUUCAUCUCGUUCCUCCUCAUUGUCAGCUUUUUUGUGCUCAACAUGUUCGUGGGUGUGGUGGUGGAGAACUUUCACAAGUGUCGCCAGCAGCAGGAGGAGGAGGAGGCGCGACUGAGGGAGGAGAAACGACAAAAGCGAUUGGAGAAAAAGCGGAGAAGGGCCCUGGAGAAACCAUAUUACGCUGACUACUCCCCACUGCGCCGAUCCAUACACACUUUGUGCACCAGCCACUACCUGGAUCUCUUCAUCACCAUCAUCAUCUUCACAAACCUCCUCACGAUGAGCAUGGAGCACUACAACCAGCCUCAGUACCUGGAGGAAAUACUGAAGUACUGCAAUUACGUUUUCACUCUAGUUUUUGUCAUCGAGGCCAUUCUGAAGCUCAUCGCCUUCGGGCUGCGGCGCUUCUUCAAAGAGAGGUGGAACCAGCUGGACUUAGCCAUCGUGCUGUUGUCUAUUAUGGGAAUCACACUGGAGGAAAUAGACCUGAGCGCCUCUCUUCCCAUCAACCCUACAAUCAUACGCAUCAUGAGAGUCCUGAGGAUAACGCGAGUGCUGAAGCUGCUGAAGAUGGCCACAGGGAUGAGAGCUCUGCUGGACACAGUGAUGCAGGCUCUGCCUCAGGUGGGGAAUCUGGGUCUGCUCUUCAUGUUGCUGUUCUUCAUCUAUGCAGCACUGGGAGUUGAGCUCUUUGGAAAACUGGAGUGUUCAGAUGAGAACCCGUGUGAGGGUCUUAGUCGCCACGCCACCUUUGACAACUUUGGCAUGGCUUUCCUCACACUCUUCAGGGUGUCCACCGGGGACAACUGGAAUGGGAUUAUGAAGGACACGCUGCGCGAGUGCCGCCCUCAAGACCGCCACUGCCUCAGCUACCUGCCCCUGAUCUCCCCCGUGUACUUCGUCACCUUCGUCCUCACGGCUCAGUUCGUGCUAGUCAACGUGGUUGUGGCCGUCCUGAUGAAGCACCUGGAGGAGAGCAACAAGGAGGCACAGCUGGAGGAGAUGGAGGAGAGGAAGGAGAGGGAGGAGGCCGCCGCCCGCCUCCUCGGCUCGUCGGCGCCGGGCGGAGACCCGGCGGGGAAYGCAGACCCACCUGUCCAGGUGCAAGUAGAAGAUGAGGAGUGUUCCCAUGGAAACCGUGCAAGGAUGGGACGCAUGCUGUCUCUCCCCAGUGACACCUACGUCCCGCCGCUCAGAGGCUCUUCUUACGCUCCGAUUGGCCACGAGGCUGGCUGCGGCUACAGCUACUCUGGCUCCAUGUCAUCUCUGGGCUCCAGCGGAGGAAGCUCUCUGCUGCAGGUUCCAGGAGCUCUGCCCACCAUCAGCCAUGCUUCGCUGGGGUCCGGACGCAGCUUCAGGCCAAUGAUCUGCCUCAGCGCCUCUCAGAGCUUCGACAGACACUCCACACACAGACUGAGUCCAGCCAACAGCGUGGAGGGAUCCAGACUCAGCCCGACUCACCGAACAAACCGACACAGACUGAACUCGGCUCACAGUAUAGACGGGUAUAGAUUCAGCCCGGCUCGUCGGAUAAACAGGCACAGACUCAGCUCUGCUCACAGUAUGGACGGAUACAGACUGAAUCCAGAUCCGAGCACAGACAGGCCCAAGCUGCUGUCCAGCCACAGCAUAGACAGAUAUCCGUCAGUCAGACUGAGUCCGACGCACGGCAGCAGCAGCAGRUGGUCCUCUUCGUGGCUCAGUCCUGAGGACAGUUUAGACAAAAACAAACUCAGUCCUUCCUACGUUCCAGAGAGUUCAGUCCUGAAGAGACCCGCCUCCUUCCGCAGUGUAAGCAGACAGCUACGGAGACAGGAGGCCGUGCGCUGUGACUCUCUGGAUCAGAACGGUUCAGCUGACGACCUGGCAGAGUCCUGCCUCACUGUGCCCACUCCAAGUCGUCAGAGAUCGUCCAGCGUGCACACACUGAAAUACGCACACCCCCAGAGGGUGAUCUCAUGCAGGAGCCACAGCCGGAGCCACAGUGAAGCCACAGCACAUGAACGUGUACCUGAGCAGGCCAUCUGCGGCUCACGGCCAGAAACAGAUGUAGAAAAGAGGCCUGUCAGCCCACAGGGAGUGUCCAGUUUGAAGGUCACCAGCAGCGAACACACACUUUUAKCUCCGCUCCCUGGCUCCAGAGUGGCCUGCCCUGGCGCUGGCGCUGGAUCAGACCCGGCUUCGCAGUUAGACGAUGCUGAUGAGGAAGUAAGUCGUAUAAACAGUUUGAUGCACUCGCAAACACAGCCUCCUCCCAGCUCCGUGCACAUAAGCGGACAUCUUUCCCCAAGUCCUGCGGAGCACAGGAGUCGCCUCAGCCACUCGGCGUCCCCCGUUUCUGGCAAAAUCAGGAAGCAGCGAAUGAGCCCACCUCCGGGGGACGAGCCGRUUACAGUGGCGACACAAUUCAAAGACAGCAGUGUUGAGCUGAGGAGGCGGACUCUGUCGUUUGAUGCCACGAGUCUUUCUCCUUAUCAAGAGGAGGGAGGCUCUGUGGAUGACUAACAAAUAAUGAGACAGAUAUCCUGCUGGAACCAGCACAGGAGGGACAGGAGCCCAGUUGAAAACAGGAAGGAUCCUGGUUUCUUCUUCUUCCCAUUGCCCUGUUCACUCCCAAGAUUAUUGGAGGGGUUGUGAAGAUAAAUUAUGGUUUGUGUAUGAGUGGGUAAACCUUUUAAAGACUGACUCCUUUGUGCUGCUUGCACACCAGAUGCACACAAGAAAAAGAAGUUUCCCUUUCUUCUAUCAUAGACCUAGCUUUAGUUCAGACACUGUAGCACCCCCCCCCCCACCAGCUCUAUUUACUCAAACAUUAACCUUUCUCCUGCUUGCUCUCCUCUUUCUUCCCUCACUCAUUCCUCUUCCUGCAUCUCAAGCCUAGAUCAGAAUACAAGGCACACCUCUGCAGGAGCAGAUUUGUUUUGUGGUUAAUCUCCCUAUAUACACAUGCUAAGACAGACUAAACUAUUUGUUACACAUUUAUAAUUUUGAUAUUAUUCAUCUUUAUUAUCAACCAGUAAUGUAAGAAAGCAUGUAGGGCCCAAAACAAGCAGUCAUUUUUAUGACGUAAAAUCCAAAGAUUUUUUUUAUUUAUUUUUAUUUUUUUAGCAGAAGUGUUUAAAUUUGAGAAGUUCAUGAUUAUAAAAAUCAACUGUAWUUGGAAACUGAUCAGUUGAUUAAUAAUCUUAUGGCUGCCUAACAUUGGGGAUAAAAUGCAGUUGCGAUAUUUUUUGGCAAAAUAUUGAAAUARCUUUAUUAUUUGCAAUAAAUCCAUGUUUCCCUCGCUGCUCUUUUAUCCCCCCAUCACCACAAUGCUCACCACAGUUGCCGUGUGCUUUAGCAUUUCAGUCAGUAUCAGUGAAAUUAGUUGUGUUUAGGGCAGUGGGGGGUCAGUCUGAUUGCCAAAUACAUUUUGCAUGCAGUUUCUCUUUGUGAUUUAUUGCAGUUCUUUGCACAGCGUUCCUACACAGYCUGGAAAAGUGUAGAAUGUGAUUUCAGUAUUUUCCAGGUCUGGAUAAGUAUGGGAAACCAGAACAAAGAGUAUGAAAAAAAAUGUUAGUAGUUUUAUACAACUGCCUAUUGAAUUUUCACUCAAAUAAAAAUCAAUGUUUUUUAAAAAAGUUGUUAAAAUUGGCUGGGUAUUUUCCACAUUGACUAUUUUAACCAUAACGUCUGUGGUUCAUCAAUUACUGGGACUGCUAACUUUUGGAAACUAAAAUAAGGAAGGCAGAUAAUUCUUUGUUCUAUAGCUUACUGUUUGUAAUGUUAUUAGGACAAAUGUCAUGACUUUAACCUUUUAGCAGACAAGGAUGAGCAGCUCAUAUUUAUAGACCUAAUUUAAAAAAGGAAAAUCAGAUUGGCAUUUGUGGUUUGCCUAAGCACAAACUUAAUAUAAAUUUGUUUUGAAAGAAACAUCAACAAAAAAUAUAAACAUUCUUUUGUAGAGGGUAAUUGCUUAUUCUCCCAAGAUGCACUGAAAAGCAAAUAUAAAAAUGUAAUUAAGAUUUUAAAAAAUCACCACAUCCAAUAAUUUAGCAUGAAAUAAUAAGAAGUGACUCAAAUUAAGAGGAUUAAACAAAGAAAGUCCAUGUUUUGAAAAAUGGAAAAUGUGUAGGAACCCUGCUUGCAUACACUGAUGUUGCAUUAAUGAUAAACACUGAUAUAAUGUGCAGCCCUCUUUUUUUGUAAUAUUCGUAAUAUUCUGUUCUGUUGUUCAGCAUUUACUGGUUUAUAAAAUUGUUGUCAAUCAAAUGAUUUAAAAAAAUCCUACAGUUCUUAAAGGUAUUACAGAAUCUUGCUGUAAACAUUUAUUUAAAGUUUCUUCUUUCCCCAGAAAAGUAUCAUGAUUAUGGUAGGAAUGAUGCUGCAGGUUUAACGUUUUUUUCUUUUUUUGUUUGUUUGUUGUUGUUUUUUCCAAAUUUGUUCUGUUUUGUUCCUUCUUAUCUUUGGACCAACAGUGCCACUGGGUGUUGCUGGAUAGCUCACAGAUUGCAAUCUGCAGCGCCUUGAUAUAUUGUUGAUUUUUCGUGGAGAACCUCCACGGCUGGAUACACCCAAUCUGAACAAAAUCAAUGUUUUUCUCUUUCAGCCUUUUAGUUAAAACCAUGUAGUGUGACCUGGGCUUCAGCAGUCUCUACCUCGCUUUCUUUCUUUMYUUAUUUAUUUAAUUGUCCCUGCUCUCAUCCAUUUGUUGGUUCAGUCAGCUGAGUUGUGUCCCUCCCCUCCACUCUGUCUUCAUAUUCUCAGGGUAGAAGUAGUUCAGACACAGUUGAGUGUGAAGCAUGUGACCAGAGCUCUGUGGAGUUAGAGGGCCCCCUGCUGACUGAACUCAGAGCCGGACCCCUUCCCCUCCAUCAGCUCUCCUCAUUAACUAAAGAGAUAAAACUGCAUGGGAGCAGGGUGAUGACCGAGGUAUAGAAGGGCUUAUGCAGAUGUUAAAACUUUGUAGAAAAGGCUAAGAUUAUAUUUUAUUAAAACAGCAGGUAUGACACGAGAAAGCUAAAUUUCUACCUUUUUGAAUGUCAGCUGUUCGGGAUGUUGAUUGUAACGAUGAUGCAAGCGUUUAUAUUUAAAAGAUGCUGUGUGAUGUUCCUGCAGGUUAACAGAAGCRGUGAGCUGACUGGACAGAGCUGGAAUAAAACCACUUCCUGUCUGACUUUCA